AAACCGUCAACAAAUGGCAUCGUUUGCGUGUUUGUAUCAACACCAGUUUCUCAACUAAACCAACAACAUUAAUGGCGCCUCAAUCGCCUUAAAACCUCACAAUUCUCUUCACUCCGGCCACCGUCCGCCGCUCUUCCGCCACCGUCACCUCCUCAAUAAGUAGGUGGAAGAUGAGCAAGGUGAACUCGUCAAAUAUGGAAUUAGACCUAGAUCGACCUAACAUUGAAGAUUAUCUGCCUACUGAUUCAAUUCAUGAACCUCUCGGAAAGCUUAGACUGCGUGAUUUACUGGACAUUUCACCCACGCUAAGGGAGGCAGGUGGUGCCAUUGUCGAUGACUCUUUUACGAGAUGUUUCAAGUCAAAUCCUCCAGAACCUUGGAAUUGGAAUGUGUAUUUGUUCCCCCUGUGGUGUUUAGGAGUUGUAGUGAGAUAUGGAAUUCUUUUCCCUGUAAGGGUUUUAAUUCUGACAUUAGGUUGGAUAAUAUUCCUUUCAUGCUAUAUUCCUGUGCAUUGGCUAUUAAAAGGGCAUGAUAAGUUGAAGAAAAGGAUAGAGAGAGCUUUAGUGGAGCUAAUUUGCAGCUUCUUUGUUGCAUCAUGGACUGGAGUUGUCAAUUACCAUGGCCCUAGGCCAUGUGCAAGGCCCAAACAGGUGUUUGUAGCCAAUCACACAUCAAUGAUUGAUUUCAUCAUUCUAGAGCAGAUGACUGCAUUUGCUGUAAUCAUGCAGAAACACCCUGGAUGGGUUGGACUUAUACAAAGCACUAUCUUGGAAAGUGUUGGGUGUAUAUGGUUCAACCGUUCAGAAGCAAAAGAUCGUGAAAUUGUAUCCAGAAAGUUAAGAGAACACGUUGAAGGGGCCGACAACAAUCCUCUUCUUAUAUUUCCUGAAGGCACUUGCGUGAAUAACAAUUACACGGUUAUGUUCAAAAAGGGGGCAUUUGAACUUGGAUCCACCGUUUGCCCAAUUGCAAUCAAGUACAACAAAAUCUUUGUUGAUGCCUUUUGGAAUAGUAAAAAGCAUUCAUUCACAACACAUUUGUUGCAGCUGAUGACAUCAUGGGCUGUUGUGUGUGAUGUUUGGUAUCUAGAGCCCCAAAACAUGAAGCCAGGAGAAACACCUAUCGAAUUUGCUGAGAGAGUAAGGGGGAUCAUCUCUGCUCGUGCAGGCAUUAAAAUGGUUCCGUGGGAUGGAUUCUUGAAAUACUCUCGCCCUAGCCCAAAACUUAAGGAGGUCAAACAACAAGCAUUUGCAGAAUCCGUGUUGCGUCGUCUGGAAGACAAGUAAGAGCUUAGAAACGAGUCAUUUUCUAUAAAAAUUGCGAACGCAUUUAAUUAUGUGCUGAUAAAUAUAUGUUAAAUAUAGUUACUUGUCUUUUAUAACUAUCAAAGGUAAUUCAUCUGUGAUGAUUUGUGUU